AUGCCGAUGGACAUAGUGGGCCGAGAGCUCGCCGAAGCAGAAGCCGACGCCUCGCCAGAGCGUUAUCAGCGACGGGCUAGCGACGAAAUCGAGCGCGUCCUGUCCGCCUCAUCAGCCUCUACAUCCUCCGAGUCCAAAGACGGCGAUGGUGCCUUCCGACGGAACAUGAGCCGCGUCUCGACGCAGAAUGACCUCGAGCGUCACCCCACAGAACUGAGUCGGAUUGCCACCGCGCGAAGUCAGCAUGAUGCUACCGUGGGAGGAGGUCUCCGUAGUCGAACCGUGAGCAGGGCCUCGAAGAAACCGCUGCCAGCAUUUGGUGCGGGAAAACCCUAUCCGCCGCCGUUGCCCGAGCGAGAAGAGUACGUCGUCGAGUUUGACGGGCCUACCGAUCCGUUGCAUUCGCAGAACUGGCCUAUGCGGAAGAAGGUCUUGACCGCAGCCAUGUUGAGCUAUACGACGCUCACCUCGGCCUUUACAUCGUCCAUCUUCUCCGCAGCCACGAGUUCCGUAGCUGCAGAGUAUCACGUCGGAUCCGAGGUCGGCCUGUUGGGAACGACGUUUUAUGUGCUUGGGUUUGCCUUUGGUCCUACCCUGUGGGCUCCCAUGUCCGAGUUGCGCGGCCGACGACUCCCCAUUGUUUUGUCCAUGUUUGGAUUCUCGCUCUUCUCGAUUGCUUGCGCAACGGGCAAGGACAUCCAAACCAUUCUCAUUUGUCGAUUCUUCUCGGGCUUGUUCGGCGCUUGUCCGCUCGCCGUCGUUGCCGCCGUCUUUUCAGACAUGUUUGACAACAAGACGCGAGGGCCCCUCCUGGCCCCCUUCAUCGGCGGCUUCAUCGUCUCAUCAUAUCUUGGCUGGCGAUGGACAGAGUAUCUCGCUUCCAUCAUGGGCUUUGUCGCCUUCAUCCUCGACCUGUUCUUCCUAGAAGAGACCUACCCGCCCGUCAUCUUGGUCGCCAAGGCUGCCGACUUGCGACGACGGACCAAGAACUGGGGCAUUCACGCCAAGCAGGAAGAAAUCGAAGUCGACUUCAAGGAACUCAUCCAGAAGAACUUUUCUCGUCCCAUGAGGCUCCUCUUUACCGAACCCAUCAUUCUCGCCCUCUCCAUCUAUAUGAGUUUUAUUUACGGCAUCUUGUAUCUUUUCCUGACCGCCUAUCCGCUCGUCUUUGUCGGCGUUCACGGCUUCAAUCCUGGAGAGAGCGGUCUUACCUUCUUUGGUAUGAUUACCGGACAGCUUCUGGCUGGUGCCGCGGUUAUCCUGCAGCAGCCCUGGUAUAAUCGCAAACUAGCUGGGAACAAUGGCAUUCCUGUGCCCGAGUGGCGAUUGCCUAGCGUCAUGGCUGGGGGCAUUUCCUUUGCCAUUGGCAUCUUCUGGUUCGGAUGUCAUGGGUCUAGGACUGGAUACACCAGCAGUAUCCCCUGGAUCGUCCCCGCCCUCAGCGGCAUCUUCAUCGGCUUCGGCCUCAUGUCCAUCUUCCUCCAAGCCCUCAACUACCUCGUUGACGCAUACCUCAUGUUCGCUGCCUCCGCCAUUGCCGGUAACACAUUCUUGCGAUCUCUGGCAGGUGCCGGUUUUCCACUUUUUUCCCGCCAGAUGUUUCAAGGAAUGGGCAUUCAAUGGGCGGCUACGCUGCUUGGCUGUGUGGCCGUGGCGCUGGCUCCUAUGCCCUUCGUUUUCAACAAGUACGGCAGCCGGAUUCGUGCUAAGAGUGCGUAUGCGCCUGCUUUUGCGGCGCCGGCCAUGCAGAACAGCGAGGACGAGACGGGUGACUCGUCAAUAGAAAAGGAGAGCGAGAAUAAUACCGCAUUGGCCAGCGCACCCAAGAAGGACAGUGACAAUGGAGUCUUGCAGAAUGCUUAA